AUGAAGCUCUUACGAGUCGCUGCGGCGGCCCUGGUGGCUCUUAGUGGGCACGCAGAAGCUGUUUCAACCUUUGAGCCGGCAAGGCCUCCUGCAGCUCCUUUAGCUGUCCGAGCGCCUUACCUUAAUGUCUGGCUCAAUGGCCAAACCGAUGGACAGUCGAGUGGUUACCUCGCCGGUCAGUGGCCUAGAUAUUGGACACAAGGAAUUCAGGCAUGGCAAGGAUUCAUCAGAGUAGACGGAAAGGCCUACAACUGGAUGGGAGGGGCUCCUGGAGCAGACAAUGUCGACCAACAGUCGCUCAAAUACACGUCAACUCGGACAACAUUUACCAUGAAUGUGGGAGGGCAAGUCCAAAUGAUUGCCGAGUUUUUCUCUCCGGUGUAUCCAGACGACUUGAGGAGGCAAUCCAUUCCGUUCUCAUACCUGAAGAUCUCGACAGCGUCUCUGGACGGGCGCUCACAUCAUGUCCAAAUCUACGCCGAUGUAUCAGGGGAAUGGGCAUCCGGUGAUAGCUCACAAAUCAUUCAGUGGGAGCACCAGGCAGGCAGUGGGAUACGCUCUCAUAAAUUUUAUCGCCAAAACCAAGAGGCGUUCAAAGAGGCCAAUGACCAAGCCUCGUGGGGCAAUUGGUAUUGGUCCACUGGCGACAUUAGAGGUGUGACCUAUCAGAUUGGUCAGGAUACAGUCGUCCGCGGCCAGUUCUUGUCCAACGGCACGCUUACCGGCCAUAUUGACACGGAUUAUCGCGCAGUGAAUGAUCGAUGGCCCGUCUUCGCCUUUGCACGCGAUCUAGGUGCAGUUGGAAAGAGUGGCUCUGCAUCAACUCUUUUUACCAUUGGCAUUGCCCAAGAUGAUGCCAUCUUGUUCCAAGGAAAAGGCGACUCUCCUGAACGUGUUCCCUCACUCUGGACAAACUACUUUGAUGAAGAAGACGUUGCACCGUUCUUUUACAAGGACUAUACCUACGCCAGUCAGUAUGCUAACAACUUGGACAACCGGAUUGCACGCGAUUCCAUCGCGGCUGGCGGCCAAGAUUACCUUACAAUCACAAGUCUCGCAGUCCGGCAAGCCUUUGGCGCCUUACAAUAUACGGGCACUGCGGAUAAUGCCAGAGUCUUUCUGAAGGAAAUCAGCUCCAACAGCGACAUCCAGACAGUUGAUGUCAUCUUUCCUACCUGGCCCAUCAUGCUGUACCUCGAUCCCAAUCUCAUCAAAUAUACUCUGUCGCCCCUCCUGGAGAACCAAGAAAGUGGCCACUACCCAAACAAAUAUGCGAUCCACGACCUGGGUAGGUUCCCACAGGCUUUGGGAUAUCCUCAGGGAAAUGACGAAGCAAUGCCUCUGGAAGAAUGUGGCAACAUGAUUAUCAUGAUGCUGUCCUACGCCCAGAAGACGGGGGACGUGGACUAUCUCAGACAACACUGGGUUUUCAUGGCGCAAUGGGCAGAGUAUCUCAUUGAAGAUGCCAAGAUUCCAGCGAACCAGCUGUCAACCGAUGAUUUCGCCGGCCAUCUUGCGAACCAAACCAACCUUGCCAUCAAAGGCAUCAUUGCCUUGGAAGCCAUGUCUCGCAUUGCCAGCCUGACUGGCCAUGAUUUCUUGUCCUCAAACUACUCGACAAUCGCCAAGGAUUAUCUAGGCUUCUGGUCUCGCCAUGGCGUCAACCGUGCAUCUGUUCCUAAUCACAGCGUGCUCCAGUACGAUUCGGCUGCGACAUACGGCCUGCUGUACAACCUGUACCCUGACAAGGCUCUCGGGCUCAAGUUCAUUCCUCAGUCCGUCUACGACAUGCAGAGCGACUUUUACCAGACAAAGGCCAACAAAUACGGCGUCAUCCUCGACACCCGCGGCACGCUAACCAAGACUGACUGGGAGAUGUUUGCAGCAGCAGUGGCCGGUCCCAAGACAAAGGCCAUUUUCAUCUCCUUGAUUGCCAAGUGGAUCAACGAGACGCCGACGUGGCGGGCUUUUACCGAUCUGUACGAUACGAACACGGGAGGCUAUCCCGGAAACCAGUUUACCGCCAGGCCGGUUGUGGGCGGUGUAUUUGCUGUGUUGGCGUUGCAGUGA